AUGUCGAACGUAAGACCAGCAUGGAGAGUCUGGGCCCGUGUCUAUGUCACCGGCGCCUGCAUUAUCGGAACAGGUGUGCUUCUAUACAACUACACUGUUCCAACAGAUGAAGAGCUCAUUGCUCGGUUUUCUCCCGAAAUUAGAGCUGACUAUGAGCGCAACAAGAAAUUGAGGCAACAGGAGCAACAGGAAUUGAUGAAAAUUGUCAAAGAGACUUACAAGUCCAAUGAUCCCAUCUGGAAGUCGGGCCCGAUUAAGUCUCCUUUUGAAAAGGAGGGUCGUGGUAUUGAUCCAAGAUUGGUUGAUAAAACUGCUUUCUUCAAGCAAGAAGAGGACGAAAAGCGUAAGCUCGAGGUCGAAAAAGCUAAUGCGGAGCUUCAGGAAGCUGAAAGCUUGAUGAAACAGUCAAAGAAAAGCUGGUGGAAGUUCUGGUAG